AUGUCUCAUGAGCAACUGGAGAAAUCUAGUGCUCGUAUUCGUGAACUUGAAAAGCAACUUGCUGAGGAGAAGAAGUAUUCAUCCAAGCAGGAGAGUAAAUCUGAUGAGCUUCGCACUCGAUGUAUGAAACGUCAAAUGGCUGCUUCUGAGGCGAAGGACUUGCUUGAAGACGCUCGUUUGGAAAACUUAAAUCUUACAACCCAAAUUGAUAGUUAUGUGUCCGAGAAUGGGAUCUUGACUAAAAAGAUUGAGACUUUGUUCCUUCAAGUGGAUCGCUUAACCGUUGAAUCUUUGAACAAUGAAGAGUUGAACUUUCAUCUCCAUAAAGAAAAUGAAGGCCUGAGGAUUGAACUACAACGGGUUGGGAACUUUCUUACUACCUCGAGGAAUCUCCAUUCUUCAUCUUUAGCUACGGUUAAGCGGUUAGAAGAAGAUAAAGUUCGCAUAAUCAAGAGAAAAGAUAAGUCUGUAGCUGAUCUUCGUAAAUAUCGUGAUGAAGUUAAUGAUUUGAAACUAGAUAAUGAUCGUCAGAGGAACGAGGAGCGCUUCAAGAAUCAAGUUCUUAAUCUAUCUCGCCAAAGGGACGAGCUUACUAGGGAGGUUUCCGAUCUCAAAGAGGAUAUUAAGUAUCUGAAUGAGGACUUUGCUAACAUGGAAAAGGAUGAUGCUAAGGUCGCGAAGAUUACUCGCAAAAAUGCUCAAGUUGCCAAGGCUCCUUCUGAUGAGGAUGAUGACGCCGAAGAUACAGAAAUUGACGACGAUAUUGAGACUGAGGACCCUAAGGGUGAAGCGCCUUUGAUUACCAAGGUUGCUGCCAUUCCUUCUUCUUCGACGAAUCUUCCUGAUCAAUCUCGUGAUAUUGGCAAUGUUGAAGUUGAAACCGUUGAUGCUGUUAGUGGUGCAGAGGUGAAAACUGACGGUGUUGGUGGUGAUGUCGAGGAGAAAAUCGUCCAAGAUGUUCAUAUUCAGCAAUUGCCUCUUCAAUCUUGA